AUGGCACAUCUUCUGGUGCGACUUUCUUCUGUACUUUACAAUGGCACUUCCAUACGCUUGGUUUUGUCGAAGAGCCGGUAUGUUUUGAACCGACCAUUAGGCACAGCAACAGAUCUUCUUUCUUUGACACGUUAUGAUGAGUGUGUGGACUGGAAAAAGAAACUAACUCCAGAACAGUAUGUAGUCACGAGAGAGAAAGGCACUGAGGUGCCAUUCAGUGGAAUCUAUCUGAACCAUAAUGAUGAGGGCAUGUACCACUGUGUGUGCUGUGAUACACCACUCUUCAGCUCUGAAUCAAAAUAUGACUCUGGAACAGGAUGGCCGUCUUUCUUUGAGGCUCAUGGGACGUGGGAGAGAGACGAGAGUCAGGCUAAUAUUAUCCGCAGACCUGAUAACUUGUCAGGAAGCCCAGGAACAGAAGUCAUCUGCAAACAGUGUGAUGCUCAUCUCGGCCAUGUGUUCGAUGACGGCCCAGAUCCAACAGGCCAGAGAUUCUGCAUAAACAGCACAGCUCUGAAAUUCAAGCCCAGAGAAAACUAA